AUGCACCACAAGAAGUGUUUCACAAAGAAUCGGACCGAUUUUGCGAUUCUGGGUUCAGGCCAGAGUCGGGCCAAGCCCAGGCCCAGAAGCUGGCGAAGCCCAAGCCUCAACACUUUUCUUUAUCCCUCUCUUCCCCCUCCCUUUCUUCUUUCUUUCCAAUCGGGUUUUCCGAUUUUCCCCAAUUUCUUCCAUGCUUCUAGUCCAAGCUUUGACCAGUUUGCCCUAAAUCUUCGAGUCUUCGACGAGUUCUGCCCUAAAUCUUCCAACCAGCUAGCUUCUCCGCUUUUCCAAGCUUUGAUUGGACCGAGCUUCAACCAGGUACCUUCUCGACUGUUCCGAGCUUCGACCGGGGGCAGGGCAGGUUUUGAGAAAAGUAGAUUCUUUGAGGAAGAAGGUGAUUUCUUUUGGCAAGGUAGAAUCUUACGAUUCAUGAUUCAAUUCUACUAUUCACAAUUCUACGACCCUCGAUUGAUUUUAGGUAGAAUCAUGAUUCUGACAACCUUGGUCUUACUCCUAUUGUAUUAUUUGGUUUGAAGAAUUUUCUAUUCUAUUGAAGAGCUUUGAUUAUUAUGUAAGAUGCAAAUUUUGUUAAGAUGACCAUUGUGAUUGUGUAAGCUAUCAAACAUUGAGUUGAAUAUAAUAUUGAUAGUAAAAAAUAA